AAACCUAGUAGGCAUAGUCUAUUUAUUUUAAAAUAAACCUUAUGCCUAGAUAUCUAUAUCUAAAUUUUCCAAAUGUAUUUUCAGAAGUUCGAAUGAGGAGAUGGAGAUGGCUGGGCCAUGUCCUACGCAUGAGCAAAAGAUGACUCCCCAACAUGGCACUGAUGUGGACUCCGCCUGGAAAACGAAAGAGGGGAAGACCACUGGGAACUUGGAGGAGAGAGAUGGAAGAAGAAGUGCAAGCUGCUGGCAAGACCUGGCAUGAACUAAAGUGGCUCGCCCAGGACAGAGUGGAAUGGCAGGGAUUUGUUGCUGCCCUAUACUCCACAGGGAGUGAUGAGGAUUGAAGAAAGCAGACACAGAUCCAGUGUUGGAAGAGGAAGUAUUUUACAUAAAAGAAAAAAAAAACAACAGAUGUCAAAGCAGGUAUUGGCUGGUGCAGAAACAGCAUGAAAGGAUUUUUGUAUCUUUCCUGGACUGUGUUGCAGGUCAAAACGUAUAAGAAAUAAAAUGUUAGUUGCUGGUGCUGCAGACAGGAAUAAACAGCCUAUUCUUGAUGUUUUGCAAGGUUAUCUACCACCCAUUAACCAAACUGGCAGAGUUUUGGAAAUUGCUUCUGGCACAGGGCAACACAUAGCACAUUUUGCUGCUCACUUUCAGCAUGUCUUGUUUCAACCUAGUGAUAUCGACAGAAAUUGUGUUUCAAGUAUAACUGCAUACAUUGAAAACAAAAAACUAACCAAUGUUUUACAACCAGUUGAGAUAGAUGUUACCAAGCCAAUAGACCAAUGGCCAGGGGGAAAGUUUGAGCCAUCCUCUUGGGAUGUUAUUUUAAAUAGCAACAUGAUCCACAUAUCUCCAUGGGAAUCAGCAGUGGGUCUCUUUAAGGCUUCUGGGUAUUUACUCAAAGACAAAGGUGUUUUGUUUAUGUAUGGGCCUUAUAAGGUAAACGGUGUGUUAACUCCAGAGAGCAAUGUGCGGUUUAAUCAACAGCUGAUAGCUCAAAACCCUAGCUGGGGUGUGAGAGAUAUUGUAGAUCUUGAAAAAUUAGCUAAAGACAACAAUCUUUGCCUAGAAAAAAUGGUAGAUAUGCCAGCAAAUAACAAGUGUGUCAUCUUUAGAAAAACCAGCUAAAACAAGAUAUUAAAAGAUGGCUCUUAGGUGGAAUACCACAACAGAUAUUUCAAACUAUUCUUUGUCAGUAAAUACACUGUAUCAAUUUUAGUUUCAUACAUACAAUCUUGAUAAUUCACUUCAGAACUAAAAUACUUCAGCAUACUAAAAUGUAUACCGACCACCAUGUGCCAAUUGAUAUGUAUUAGUUAAACUGUUGUCAAAUAAAGUACAAACUUAAUUAAGCAAGUUCAGCUAUUUACAUAAGUGAUACCUCUCCCAUUACAACAGCCGUCUGCAUUGUUCACAAUUACCAUAUCUGACUGUUGGUCAUUAUGGUAGAUGGAGUAGAGUUCACCUGUUUCUGUAGUACUGCAUAUGACAAAAGUUGCGUAGCCAUGCAAUACCAAGCUGGCGGUAGUAAAUGAAUUAAAAAGUGAACUAGAUUUAGUGGCUUGAAGUUUAUAUGCUAGACUGAAAAGCAAUAAAUUUUAUUUAGCAAGGCAAUCUAAUUGUGCUGCAAUUCAUUCUUAGUUGAAACAGGAAGCUUGAUUGUAACGAUCUUUUAAGCCAUUGGUUGUUAAAUAUUUUUAAAAUUUUAGUCUUUUGUAUAAUGUAGAAUGUAAAGUUUUAUUAAGAUAUUGAAUAAAACUUUAUUAAAACAAA